GGCCAGUCCCCAGGAUUUGGGCAGGAGGAGGAGGCGGGCCAGUCCCCUGGAUUUGGGCAGGAGGAGGAGGCGGGCCAGCCCCCAGGAUUUGGGAUACAGUCCCAGCAUCACAGCCCGCACAGGACAAUAGCCUCCGCAGAAGAAGCAGAGAGCAGAUCCCGGUCCUGUCUGCACUAUCUGCCCCCAGCCAUCAUGCUCCUGAGGACGGUAUCCCUGCUGCUGGCCCUGGCCCUGUCCUGCUCCCAGGCUCUGGAAGAUGCGAAGAGCAAGUCCAAAGUGUGCGCCAACGUGUUCUGUGGCGCUGGCAGAGAAUGUGCGGUGACGGAGAAGGGCGACCCCACCUGUCUGUGCAUUGAGCAAUGUAAGCCUCACAAGAGACCUGUGUGUGGCAGUAAUGGGAAGACCUACCUUAACCACUGCGAGCUGCACCGUGACGCCUGUCUGACCGGGUCUAAAAUACAAGUGGAGUACGACGGACACUGCAAAGAGAAGACAGCAGACACCCCAGCCGCCAACCCAGUCGUCUGUUACCAGUCUGAUCGCGAUGAGCUGCGCAGACGCGUCAUCCAGUGGCUGGAGGCUGAGACUGUCCCAGACGGCUGGUUCUCCAAGGGUAACAACUACAGCGAGAUCCUGGAGAAAUACUUCAAGAGCUACGACGACGGCGACUCUCGCCUGGACUCCUCCGAAUUCCUCAAAUUCCUGGAACAGAACCAGACGGCCAUUAACAUCACCACCUACGUGGACCAGGAGACCAACAAGAUCUUAAAGGGUCUGUGCGUGGAGGCUCUCAUUGAACUAUCGGACGAAAACGCCGACUGGAAGCUGAACUACAACGAGUUCCUGAAAUGCCUGAACCCCAGCUUCAACCCCCCAGAAAAGAAGUGCGCCCUGGAGGAUGAGACCUACGAGGACGGAGCAGAGACACAGGUUCAGUGUAACCGUUGCGUGUGCGCCUGCGGAAACUGGGUCUGCACCGCCAUGUCCUGCGACGGGAAAGAUGGACACCCCGAGGAAGAUAUGAGCAGAUACGUGGAUGAGUUGAGGAAGCAUCAGGUUUUGGAUGUUAUUGUAAAUUAG